CUGCCGCUGCUGCUGCGGUGCUGCCUCGCCUUCCAGCUCCAGCUCUCCAGCAGUGAGAUGGAAACAAAGUCAACCAGAGCACCACCACGAUUCCACCCGCCGGCACACAACAUGGAGUACCGCCCCAUCCACGGCUUCUACCUGUACAGCGACUACGCCGCCGCGACGUCGUCCUCGUCGUCCUCGUCCUCCGACUCGCUCCCGUUCGGCGGCGCGGGCUGCUGCGGCGACGAGGUGCCCGCGCCCGCCGUGUUUUCCGGCUACGGGCGGCGCCGAGGUGAUGGUGAUGCUGCUGCCGAGGUCUCGGCGGUGGCGGCUGCCGAGGCGGGGCAGGGGGCGCCGUGCGGCGGCGGCGCCGGCGGCAAGCAGCAGGCCGGGGCGGCGUUCAUCGGGGUGCGGAGGCGGCCGUGGGGGAGGUUCGCGGCGGAGAUCCGGGACUCGACGCGGAACGGCGCCCGGGUGUGGCUCGGCACCUUCGACAGCGCCGAGGCCGCCGCGAUGGCCUACGACCAGGCGGCGCUGUCCGCGCGGGGGCCCGCGGCCGCGCUCAACUUCCCCGUCGAGCGCGUGCAGGAGUCGCUCCGCGCGCUCGCGCUGGGCGGCGCCGGCGCGGCGGGUUCGCCCGUGCUGGCGCUCAAGUCGCGGCACUCCAAGCGGAAGCGCCGGAAGAAGUCCGAGAUCGCGGCGGCGGCGGCGGCGGGCAGGAGCAGGAGCAGGAGCACCGCGGCGGCGGCGGCCGAGCAGCAGCGGUUCGUCGUGGAGCUGGAGGACCUCGGCGCCGACUACCUCGAGGAGCUCCUCAGGAUCUCCGAGAGCUAAGUGUGAUCGCUUAGCUUGAUCUGAUGAUGCUUGUGCAGAAUUCCAACUAUUCCAAGGUAGAUAGAUGGCUUCUUGGGGUCAAUGCAAUGCCCAAGCCUCUUGGAUGGUAUAUAUUUGCGAUAUUGAGGGCCCUCAUUUCGAAAGUUUUGUGAUUUUAGUGCAAAUUUGAACUAAAUCCCAAAAUUUUUGGACAAAAGACCUUCAAUCGGAACAAAAGAGAAAGAAACUUGUGAGUUCA